ACGUCACGAGAGCGCGGGGCUAAAAGCUCGCGGUAGGAGCACGCGGGGCUGCUGCACGAGACCAGGGGCAUCGCGGUGAUCAUCGGAAGCACGAGGCAACCGGGAGGAUAAACAUGAACGGAGAAAUGAACGGUUUUCACAACGGCUUCAUAGAUGAAGACUGCUUUUUAUUCACCUCCGAGUCUGUGGGAGAGGGACAUCCGGAUAAGAUUUGUGACCAGAUUAGUGAUGCUGUUCUUGAUGCCCAUCUUAAACAAGACCCAGAUGCCAAAGUGGCUUGUGAAACGGUAGCUAAGACUGGGAUGAUCCUGCUGGCAGGAGAAGUGACCUCUCAUGCCACCGUGGACUACCAGAAGAUUGUCCGGGACACUGUCAGACACAUCGGUUAUGACGACUCCUCAAAAGGUUUUGAUUAUAAGACCUGUAAUGUGUUAGUGGCUUUGGAGCAGCAGUCUCCAGACAUUGCCCAGGGAGUUCACUUGGACCGUAACGAGGAGGACAUUGGUGCUGGGGACCAGGGUCUGAUGUUUGGCUAUGCUACAGAUGAAACAGAAGAGUGCAUGCCCCUCACCAUCAUGCUGGCCCAUAAGCUUAAUGCCAAAAUGGCUGAACUGCGUCGCAACGGUGUCCUGCCCUGGCUUCGACCGGACUCCAAGACCCAGGUGACGGUGCAGUAUAGGCAGGACCAUGGUGCCAUGCUGCCAGUGCGUGUGCACACUAUAGUGAUCUCAGUACAGCACGAUGAGGACAUUUGCUUGGAUGAAAUGCGCGAUGCCCUGAAGGAGAAGGUGGUUAAAGCGGUGGUGCCAUGUGUUUACCUGGAUGAUGACACCAUUUACCACCUGCAGCCAAGUGGACGGUUUGUCAUCGGCGGACCUCAGGGUGAUGCUGGAUUAACAGGUCGUAAGAUUAUUGUAGACACAUACGGAGGAUGGGGAGCCCACGGUGGAGGUGCUUUCUCUGGGAAAGAUUACACUAAAGUCGACCGCUCUGCUGCUUACGCUGCCCGCUGGGUGGCCAAGUCUCUGGUCAAAGCUGAACUCUGUAGACGUGUACUUGUACAGGUGUCCUAUGCAAUCGGAGUGGCUCAGCCUCUGUCAAUCUCUAUUUUCCACUAUGGCACAUCGAAGAAGAGUGAGAGGGAGCUGCUGGAGAUUGUAAAGAAGAACUUUGACCUUCGUCCAGGAGUCAUAGUGAGGGACCUGCAGCUGAAGAAGCCCAUUUAUCAGAGGACGGCUGCAUAUGGCCACUUUGGCCGCGACUCGUUCCCGUGGGAGAUUCCCAAAAAGCUGCAGUACUAAACUGCUGUCAGACUUUUCCCCUGAGGCCUGCUGACGUAGCCUACAGAGAAGUCUGCAUGGCUCCGGGGGGAAGGUUGGGGGGAGGGGGGGGGGGGGGGGGGGGUUGUUUAAACGUGCUUCAUACUACAGAUUUAUUCACUCAUCCAUUCAGAUUGUAAUUAAUAACCAGUGAAGAGCUGAGCAACUUCAACAGGCAACUUAGUGCAAAUCAGCAGAAAAGGCAACAUGAUAAAGAUCGAUCAUUUCUUUUCAGUCAUGAACUAUUCAAGAUUCAUCAUACUUUUUAAAAAAAUUUCUCCUAAAGACAGGAUGCAUGCACACAACCAAACAAACAGGAAAAAAAAAGCCUCAGACAAGUUUGUCUUGCUAUUCUUGUGUGCGAAUCCUUCCGUUGACAUAAUGAUGAAUUACUAAUACAGCUAAUUAUUGCUAUGCCUACGCGUAAAUCUAACCCUGCUGCAGUUUUUGUAUGAAGCAGUCUUCCUUGUGGGUGUAGCCAAAUGUCCCCACAAUGUCAAAACCAUCAGAUAAUCCUAUAUUUGUGGGGCAAAAAAAACCACACACACAAAACCAAACUUAAACUGCUUCCUUUCCUAUUCUUCUGUUCUGAUUUUAUGCAUUAUUUGGUUAUUCCUCAACCUGUGGAACCUUACAUGCAGAUAUGGUAGCUUAGUUUACAACUUUUGUCUGGUGGUCUUCAGUGGUUUCAAAAUGUACUACAAAAAACUAUGGUGCUGAUGUUCGAGGAAAAACUGUAGUGCCACCUUUUUAAAUGUAAUGGGCAUUUUCUCCAUCACGUUCACGUUCUUCUUACUUUGCCUUGUUGAGACUGAAAAAUGUCUUUUACAGAGUGUUUUACAGAGAACCUAGCUUUGCUUACAUGCAGUCUCUCUCCUGUCCCUGAGGUCUUUUACUUUAUACUCUUUAUUUUACCCCUUCCAUUUAUUUAUAUCAUUUAACAAUAAAUAUUUGGCAUUCUCCCAA